UGUGGACCGCCAAUAUAUCAUAGAAGAAGAAAAAGAACGGAAGUUACGUAAGGCAACUUCUGCUGGUUGUUGAACCAAUCCAGAGUUUUUUAUUAUAGCUCAGCGAUCUAGGGCAGACCACACCAACAGCAAUUAAUCUGCGUCUUGAGAAGCAGUAAGAUCGUCUCUCUAGACACCAUGGGUCGUCACUUUGGAGAUUUGGCCAAGAUCAGGCACGUGAUCACCUACAGUCUGUCCCCCUUCGAGCAGAGGGCUUUCCCCAACUACUUCUCUAAAGGAAUCCCCAACGUCUGGAGACGAUUCACAUCGUCUGUCUUCAAAGUUGCUCCACCUAUGAUCUGCAUGUACCUGACAUACACCUGGGGAAACCAUGUCCACUCAGAAGGAAAGAGGAAGGUAGCUGCCGACUACGAGAAUGAAGAGUGAAAUGAAGAGUCUCCCCCCCCCCCGUUUAAACCUUCACUGUAUGUUUCGUCAAUAAAGAUAAUAUUUAUCAGAGAAA